AUGUCCAUACCAUGCCAAACGGCACUUCCCAACCAACCAGGCCACUGGCAGUUCAACUGUAGCUGCUGUCUCGAGACCAUAUCCGACGACGCCAUGCUCAUCAUACACGACCACAAGCUCUGCGUUUCCUGCUUCGACUCCGGCGUCAGACCUCAAUUCGACGCUGCGCUGGCAGACGAGUCCCAAUACCCUGUGAUGUGGGAUGGCAAAGAAGUCAACCCCAUAAGCUACCGCCACUGCUUCACGAAGGACUUCAAAGAUGCUUGGAAGGCCAGACUCAAAGAGUACAAAACUCCACUUCAAAACCGUCUGUACUGUCAAGGCAAGGUCAACUCCGAUCCAAGCUCCAAGGGCGCAGAGAUCUGCGGCAAAUUCCUAGGUCAGAAGAAGAAGACAAAGACGAUCAUCGACUGCCAAGCCUGUGGCUCGCAAAGCUGUGCUCGCUGUGCUUCUAGCUUCCCAGCAGACGCCUCUUCGACUCAUGCGUGCUCCGCUGCAAAAGCAAAGCCAGAGGACGAUCCCUUCGCAGGCCUCACUCGCGGAGUCGACUACCAACGCUGUCCAGGAUGCCAAGUCCCAGUCGAGCUCCGCGAAGCUUGUAACCACAUGACUUGCCGCGUCUUUUCAUGCCGUACACACUUCUGUUAUCUCUGCGGAGAAGAGGCUACCAGAACCUCAGGUCACUGGCAGUAUGGCAAGCCCUGCCCACUCUACGGCCGCCAAGGAUCCGACAAUGCCCAAUACGACGGAGCACCACACGGCGAUCCUGCUUUCCUUGAGAUGGUAGCAUUACAAAACAUCGCCGACGAUGCCGACCUGGACCUCAACCACGGCGUUGGCGACGAGGGCGACAUCCACGAAGACAUUCGCCGGCGCCGCGCAGACCGUGCACAACUCCAUGAGAUCAUUAAGGUGCUGAGCGAAGAGGUUCGCAACGCGCCGGGGGAAGGCCUCACUCUUCGAGAGAGAGAACAGAAGGUUGCUUCGGCUUUUGCUAUGUCUCGGUAUGUGGCUGCUCUACUCCGCGUGCUCUUUGCGUACACUAUCGACCUUGAACCCGAUGAGGCGAUGAGGCGCGCUCUUAGACGCAUCCUUGAUCGUCACGGACCAAGGGUAGUCUUUUUCAAAAGUGAGGCCCGUGAUGAGAUGAAGGCGAGGUUUCCGCAGGUUGAUGAGAUCUACCUUCGUAUGAUCUCUGCUGCUGAGCCUGCAGAGCCGGAGAUUGCUGCUGCGGCCUAG